GACAAAGCUUUCCCAAUCUCUCUCAGUCCUUUCCCCCCGAGUCGAGCAACCAUGUCGAUGAUUCGCCGCAGCAACGUGUUCGACCCCUUCUCCCUCGACUUCUUCGACCCCUUCGACGGCUUCCCCUUCGGCUCCGGCAGCAGCAGCAGCGGCGGGGGCAGCCUCUUCCCCUCGUUCCCGCGCACCUCCUCUGAGACCGCGGCCUUCCCUGGCGCGCGCAUCGACUGGAAGGAGACGCCGGAGGCUCACGUGUUCAAGGCGGACGUGCCGGGGCUGAAGAAGGAAGAGGUGAAGGUGGAGGUGGAGGACGGCAACGUGCUCCAGAUCAGCGGCGAGCGGAACAAGGAGCAGGAGGAGAAGUCCGACACCUGGCACCGCGUCGAGCGCAGCAGCGGGAAGUUCCUGCGCAGGUUCAGGCUGCCCGAGAACGCCAAGGCGGAGCAGAUCAAGGCGUCCAUGGAGAACGGCGUGCUCACCGUCACCGUGCCCAAGGAGGAGGCCAAGAAGCCCGAGGUCAAGUCCAUCCAGAUCUCCGGUUAGGCUGCUUUGAAGCUGUAGAGGUUCAGUUCGCUGCUGGAUGGAUGCGUUGAGUCGUUCAUGUUCCUGUACUGAGUUGAUUUGGGUCUGUGUCGACUGUCGAAUGUGUUGAGUCGUUCCUCUUCCUGUAAGGCAAGCAUCGAGUCUGAAGUAAUGUAUCAGUCGUUCCUGUUUCUGUAAGGCAAGAGUCUGAAGUGAAGUGUUGUAAUUAUCUUCUGUGCUGGUUAAGCUUGAUCUUGCGAAUGAGUCAUCGUCCUCUUUUAGCUUAAGAGUUCUCCACUUGGUUUC